UAUGACUAAUCUUAUAAAAUAUUAUAGCAAGUAGCAAUAGCAAGUAGUUGAUACCUUUUUUUUUUUUUUUUUUUAUUUAUUAAAAUGUUACUCUUUUCAAAGGAAAUCACGGAACAACUCAUAAGACUUAGGAAAGAUGUGAAAUUUACCCUUAAAAAGGAUGUUAAUUAAAUAUGUCAAUAAAAUUUCAAAGUCUGCUUCACCCCAAAUUAUUAUAAGAGGAUGCCCAGUUGUAUUGAAAAUCAAUUCCUGUCAAUCUUUCCAAAUUUAGUUGAGAGGCAAUGAGAUUGAGAUGAGAAUUUUAGUUCACCUUCCAGUUAACUCCUAACUUAGAUUCUGACCUAACCAGUUGGACCAUAAGUUCACGUUUGAUAGCUUUUUUGAUUUUUGUGAUGAACCAGGACAAAGGCCUCACAUUUGGUUUUAAAAAGGAAAUCUGAAGUUUAGCCUCUCAUAGGUUUGCUGUUAGACAUAGACUGCAUAUAGCGUUCCAGGACCGUAAGCUAGCUCACGUUAGCUAAGAUAACAGGACCGUUAGCUAAAAUAGCGUUAGUAUGGGCGUAACGGUCAACAGCUAGCUUAAGGGUUCAUUAGUAUUUCAAUGACUUCUCGACACCAUAUUGAAUGCUGCUAUAUUUAACUUCGUCGAAUGGAUCUUUAUGAAGAUGGACAACUUCAAAAUCGAUCCGGUGAUACAAAUGACGGUAAAACGUGGCGUGAUGUGGUUCUCCGGGCGGGUAGCGACCCCGCCGUGACCGGCGACCCCAGAGUACUGCACCACCUGACGGCCCUGGAAAAGACCUGCCAGGUGUCUCCCUACUUUGGCGGAGUCCACACAGACAUCCAGCCGUACAUGCGGAGGAUACUGGCAGUGUGGAUGUUCCAGGUGUGUGAGGAGCAGAAAUGUGAGGAGGAGGUGUUUCCGCUGGCGGUGUAUUACCUGGACUGUUACCUAAGCCGCUUUUCCAUUGAAAAGUCCAACCUGCAGCUUUUAGGGGCCGUUUGCAUGUUCCUGGCCUCCAAAAUGAGAGAGACUGUUCAUCUGACUGCCAGCAAGCUUUGUAUCUACACAGACAACUCAGUUUCAGUCUCAGACAUCUUGCAGUGGGAGGUGGUAGUGGUGUCCAGGUUAGACUGGUGUCUGGCCUCUGUGGUACCCUCUGACUUCCUGGAGCCAAUUCUUCACACUCUCCCCUUUGUUCGGUCCCACCACCUUCAAAACAUACGCAGGCAUGUUCACUCCUACAUUGCUCUGGCAGCCACUGACUGCAGGUUUUCAGCGUUCUUGCCCUCUGCUGUCGCAUGUGCCUGCGUGAGCAUUGCCACACAGAGGCUAAAGUUAGUGGACGCUGCCGUCUCCUCUGAUUCGGUUAUGGAGUUGUUGGCCAACCUUUUGGCCAUUGAUCUGAGCUCUGUCCUCCUCUGCUAUGGCCAGCUAGUGAGUGUGCUGGAGCUCAGCCUGCCCUCUGGUUUCCAGGAUAGUGUUUUCAGAUCAGGAGCACACAGCUCAGAGCUCAGCCACACCCCUGCUGACAUUCAGGAUGUUGUAUUGACACCAGUGACAUGAAGCUAGAACACUCCACCCUGCCUUGGACAGCUAGAACAAAUUGUAAAUUUACAGCCUUGAAACAGAACAAAUGUUAAUUGUUAAAUGUUAUUUUGCAUGUUGAUUUUUUUGAGGUCCUUCUGUGACGUGUAGAGCUAAUAGCUUGAGAGAUUACUCAGAUUUGUUUGAAAUGUCCUGUUGUUGCUCAUUUUCAAGUAUUUUGCAUUUGCUAAAGCAGCUUAAAAAAAAAGAUGAUUAGAAAAGAAUAUGAUUCUGAUUGUGCCUUUGAUUAAUAUUUAGAGCCACAUGAACUUUUUUGUGAUAUUGACAGUUGAAUUGCAGAUUGCACAUUUUAAAUGUAUCUUCUAUUCAUGUUUUCAUACAUCUUUUGCAUUUAUCUGGACUCAUUGAAAAAUUUAUCUGGAUAGUUCUUAAGUUUAAAUAGAUGUUUCUGCAUGGUUUCAACACAGUAGUGGAUUUCCUUGUGACUAUAAAUCAAUUCUGUUACAUUACAACAUCUGUUUGUAGAUCAAUAACAACAGGAGCCAGCACUU